UAAUAUUUUUAUUUCAUUAAAGUUAAAAAUAAAAAAGCUUUUCAGAUCUAAAUCAUUGAUUGAUUUAAUAAUUGAAUUGAACCAAUCAUGGAUUCCUCGUCACAAGCUGAGAAACGAGCGAGGUUAAGACGUGCAAAAAUUCUGACAAAUUCUGAAGAUCGAAUGAAUCGUAUUUUUGGUGUCCAAUCCAGUCAAUCACAAACCCUCAUCAUCAUCAUCAUCAUCAUCAACAACAACAAAAAUCGUGAUUCCAAUAUUUCACGAGAUUUGCCCUCAUCAUCACCAAAUACAUUUGAUGCUCAUCGAUCUGAUUAUUUAUCAUCAUCUCGUCAGCAUAAUUCUCCAUCGAAUCAUUCAGAGUCCACAUCAUCAUCAACCGAUUCAUUUCAAAGUCAACCACAUAGUUGUGGUACAUUACCACCGGACGAAUCAUUUCCACGAAAAGUAUCAUUAAUAUCAUCACCAAUACAUUAUAAAACAUUACAGCAAUCGCAACAAUUUCAGCGGCAACAAAAUUCAAUGCUAUCAAUGAUAUUCAUUUGGCCAUUAAUGUAUCUAAUGAAUGUAACAUUAUUAUUAUUUGUGAUUUCCUGUAUCGGUUCAUAUUAUAGUAUCAAUUUUACAACAUUAUUUUUCACAUUCGAAUCGAUACAUUUUGUUAUUGGUUGGUUAAUGAAUAAUAAUAAUAAUAAUAAUAGUUAUUAUAGUCACAAUGGUAAUAGCCAAAAUCGUAUUUUAAACAAUCGAUUUACAUUUGGCCAAUUUUAUAAAGAUUUUUUAUUAUCAAUUUUCUGUUAUAUCAUUAUACAAGCAACAUUGAUGAUCAAAAGAUAGUUUGUAAUUUGUAAUGA